GUAGUUAGUUAGCAUUCAGCAACAGUUAGCUAUAACUAGCGGUGUGGUUCAUGUUGUGAUUAAAGGACGCUUAAAACCAAAAUGUCAGAGCAAACGAUAACAGUGACAGUUGCAUACGGAUCUACUAAGCACAGCAUCACAGUAAGCGGUCAGGAUGAUGGCAAAGGCCCUAUUGUCAAAGACCUCUCGGACGCUCUCACCAAAGUCACUGGAGUUCCUCAAACUUCACAGAAACUCAUCUUCAAAGGAAAAUCACUGAAGGAUGCAGAGGAGAGUCUGUCCAGCUUUGGAAUAAAAGAAGGCUGCAAACUCAUGAUGAUUGGAAAGCGGAACAGUCCCGAGGAAGAAGUUGAACUGAAGAAGCUGAAAGACAUCGAGAAGUCUGUGGAACAGACGGCUAAAAAGCUGGAGAAAGUAGAUGGAGAGUUGACUGGACUCAAGAAUGGCUUCCUGGCCAAAGACCUGCAGGCAGAGGCGUUGGGUAAACUGGAUCAUAGAGUGAAAAUAGCAGCUGAACAGUUCAUGAAGAUCCUGGAGCAGAUCGAUGCAAUGACUGUCCCAGACAAUUUCAAUGACUGCAAAAUGAAGAAAAAGGGACUUGUAAAGACUGUGCAGGAUUUCUUGGCCCAGUGUGACAAGAUAGAGGCUUGUAUAUCAGACCACCUAUCAAAGAUCCAGUCGAAAAAUCUCGCCCUGGCGGAGUAAAGCCGCAAAGUCUGCCGUAUCAUGUGCUAUACAUUGCUCUGUGAGCAAAUGCAAAGUGUACAGAAAGUGUCAAGUGUUGAUGCAAUCCUUGUCUAUUUAUUGUUGCUGUGAUGUGCAUCAGAGAGCCUCGUCACAGGAAAUCCUGUGAACAGGAGGCAACGGGUUGUUGGUGCUGAUGCUGGGUUCAUCUGGGAUACUUUAUCUGGGUUAAAGAGAUAUUGUCACUUUGCGAGAGGAUCAGAGGUGCUUUCUUCUCUGGAGAGUUCUCUUAAAUUAGAUCCAUUUUAUAGCAUCCAAAAAAAUAGUGGUGAAUAGAAAUGCCAUGACCAAAAAUAUCAAAUUAUCCACAGUAAGAAAACUGUUAAAAUUCACCAGUUCAUCUCACAAACUGUACCGUAACAUGGAGGAAAUAUUUCUCUUCUCAUUGUCAUGUGUUCCAUGUGGCAGUUUGUACACACAAGGUGAAAAGUAUGUGGACAUUAAUAAGUAUUAGUGCUCUGUUAAAAGCUUCCACUCUUCUGGGAUUGACUCUAAUUUUGGCUGUUUGGCGAUAAGGCUCACAGUCCAGUUCAUCCCAAAGGUGUUGGAUGAGAUCAUGGCUCUCUGCAGGCUGGUCAAACACAUUACAGUGGGGAAAAAGUAUUUUGAAAUAUACAAAUAUAGCCUGUUCAUUUGUAUACAGAAGCAUUUGCUACUAGAAAAAUGUGACAUUAUUUAUAGUGAUUGGAACUAAUAGGCCAACCCUUAACAAGAGCUGAAACCAUUUCUGAUUGGUAAAUGAAGCAAUCAGCAACUGUUUUGAUAAUAAUUUAAUGUUUUGUCAUGUUAAAAUGCUAAACAUUCUCUAAUUCCAGCUUCUCACUUGUGAGGAUUAGCUGCAUUCAAUAAUAAUGGACCUAAACCUAAGCAAUUUGACUGAAUCAAGAGAAUAAAGGGAAUUUUUACAUUUUAUACCAAAAAAACGAAUUAAGUAAAAAUAACUGUUAGUUGUAACACAAGCCCAAACUCAAACAGCCCAAGUGCUUCACAGUGCUGUCCACAAACCUUUGGCCAUGUGAUGUUUGUGUAUUAUUCAAUGAGAAUCAGCACCUUUUUGUUUAAUCUAGUGACUGAUCCCAUGAUCAUACAUCUAUGAAAUUAGUGUAAACUGUGGAAUUGUUAUUGCUUUAAACCAGACUGACACAUCACAUCUAUUUUCCUUUGUUUUAAAAUAAAACCUUUGAAAAAUUAAA